GGAACCUGGGGAAAGUGGUCUGUGACGUCACGGCUGGGUUAGAAACUGAAAGAAAAACUCAGAAUCUCCGAACUCCGAUCUGGACCUGCAGGCCGGAUUCUGGUUCUGACCGUGGAUUAGAGAGACGUUCAGAAGCUCUGAGAUGUUUCUGCAGCAGCAGCUGGUGGUUCUGGUCCCGGUCCCGGUCCUGGUUCCGGUUCUGGUUCUGGUUCUGCUCGGUAAGUGACCUCCUGCUCGGUAUGAACCAACACAUUCGGAACCAGGAGCGGACCGGUAAUCAGUCCGGUACCGGGGAGUCGAGAAGCUGGAAGUUUAGAACUAAAUGAAUCUCAGGUUCUGGAAAAGUUCGGGUAAUAUGUCAGAACUUUCAAAAUAAAAGCUCCGAUGGUUGCUGUGUUUCUGAGUGAAAUAAAUCUGGAAAUCUAAAAUCAGCGUGUUGAUCAUAUAAAUGUUUAGUAAAGAUUGUUUCUGUACAAAUGAAUAAAUCUGAUCUCCUGACAUAUUAAUUAGACAGAAUUUCAAAAUAAAGCUCAUAAAACUGGGAAUAUAAUCUGUAAAAUAGCCAUAAACUGGGAUUAAUUUCAGGAUUAUUCCGGUGCAGAUGAAGAACAGAACACCUAGAAAUGUCUGCAUAUUAAUGAAGUUAAUCAGGACAGAUUACAGCCUGGACUGAUGAUGAAAAAUGAUCAGAGAAGUUAUUAAAUAUUCCUGCAGCAGCGUCUUCACAGGUAUGAUUGACAACCCAGCGGUCCAGAACGCUGCUGCUGGAGUUCUGACUAGAACCAGGAGGAUAGAGAGACCGCCCGGUUCUACACCACCUGGUUCUACAUUAACCAGUUCUACACCUGGUUAAUGUAGGUGUAUAACAUGUAGAGUUUCAUUUAAACUCUGAGCUCCAGACUAAAACCCAGAUGUUUGCAGCUGAUUUGAUUAAUAAUCAAUAAAACAUUGAUCAAUAUAUUAGUUGAUGGCUUUUUAAUGUAAUGUUCAUUUCUUGUUUCAUAAUGUAUUAUAUUUUUAUGAUGUAAAGCAUUUUGAACUGCCUUGUUGCUCAAAUGUGCUAAUCAGCUAAUAAACUGGACUUGAUUAAUCAAAGGACUGGUUCUCUGGUUCUGCUCUACCUGGAUCCAUAAUGCAGGUAUAGAUCCAUAAUGCAGGUAUAGAUCCAUAAUGCAGGUAUAGAUCCAUAAUGCAGGUAUAGAUUCAUAAUGCAGGUAUAGAUUCAUAAUGCAUUAUGGAUCCAUGAAUCCCACCAACAACAGAUCUGAGGGUGAAAUGUAACUCUUCUGAACUAAAUAACUUCCUGGACUGUAGAGACGAAGCUUCACAGAAACGUCCUGAUGAACCGUCUGUCUGUCUGUCUGUCUGUCUGCCUGCCUGCCUGCCUGCCUGCCUGUCUGUCUGUCUGUCCGUCCGUCCGUCCGUCCGUCCGUCCGUCUGUUGUUCAUCAUCUCUGCUGAUCCUCCUUUUCAGAACAGAACCAGGAUGAGCAGAUCGGUUCUGGGAUGGAUGAGUUCCUCAGGGUUCCUGCUUCGUGUCUUAGAAACUCAGUUCCAUCAGAUUUCCUCAGAUAGUUUCUUGUCUCUGUCCUCAGUUUCCCAGCAUGCCUCAGGACUCCAGGUGGAGGUGUUUGAGGGGGCGGAGUCUGUCCAGCUGCCCUGUCAGGUAAAGGUUUCUGAGUCUGAUGGUUCUACAGCCGUUUGGGACCAAGAUGACCUGCGGAUCCCUACGGUCCAUGUUCGCCAGCCGGACGGCGAUUACCUGAAGGACCAGAACCGGCGCUACGAAGGCCGGACGGCCAUGAUGGAGGACGCUCUGCGGACCGGAGAUCUCAGCCUGACCCUGAGGAGACCCAGCUUCACCGACAGCGGGACCUUCACCUGCACGGUCCGCAGGCUGGGAGAAGAGCUGCACCAGGAGGCCGUGGAGCUGCAGGUCAAAGAAGCUCCUGCUCCGGUCUGGCCCUGGGUUCUGGUGGUUCUGGUGGUUCUGGUGGUUCUUGUUGUUUUGUACCACAGAUUAAAAAAGAAGCCGACAGCAGCAGUUCUUCCAUCUGAGACGGUGGAGAUCAGGGAGGGGCUGAAGUCCGUCCUGCUGCCGGUUAAAACUCAGAAACGUCUUCACAAUGUCAGAGUGGAGUGGAUCCGUUCUGACCAGAACAUCAGGAUCCAUGUGUUUGAGAACGGCCAGACUCGGUCUGAGCUACCGGAGGACAACCGGGUCCGGACCAAGAUGAGACCGAACCUGCAGGAGAGCGGAGACCUGAGCCUGACCCUCAGGACCCCCCAGCUGAACGACUCUGGGGUUUAUGACUGUGUCGUCUACAGAGGAGGAGAAAAGCUGCUGCAGAAAGCUGUGACUCUCAGGGUCAAAGAGAGCCUGAUGGAGGAGGUGGAGGUCGCCGACAGAGAAGAGUUCGUCCUUCUGCCUUUCAGAACCGCAGCUGACCUGCCUGCAGAGAGCAAAGUGGUGUGGAGCCGCACUGACCAACACAACUCUGUCCAUGAGUACCAGAACAGUCAGAACCAGUCAGACAGACAGAACCAGGAGUAUCUGAACCGGACCCAGAUGAAUCCUGACGCUCUGAGGACCGGAGACCUCACCCUGACCCUGAACUGCCCCCGGCUGGAGGACAGCGCCAUCUUCAUCUGCACCGUCUACAACGACCAGGAUGGGAGGAUCCUGAAACGGAAAGUUCUGAUGCUCCAUGUCAAAGUCCACCAGGUAGAAAAGGUUUCUGUGGAGGAGGGCAGAAGGUCGGUUGUUCUUCCCUUUAAGGUGGCGUCUCCCCUGCUGGCUGAAGCCUCUGCUGUGGAGUGGAGCCUGUCAGACCGAGGGAAUAAGUUGGUCUACAGAUGUUACCGAGGCCAGGACUCAUCAGCUCAGGACCAUGAAGGCCACACGAUGAAUGAAGACCUGAUGAGGACUGGAGACUUCAGCCUGAUGAUCAAUAAUGUCUGUCUGACUAACAGUGUGUUUUCCUGCUGCGUCUACAAUGAGGACAGAAAGAUCCUCCGGCAGAAGGUGGUGGUCCUCAUACUCAGAGGUUUUCAGUCGGAGGUCGUGAAGGUCACAGACGGGGACCCAUCGGUGUCACUUCCUUUUAAAAUCCCUGCUCCUCUGGACGAGGACAUCAGGGUGGAGUGGACCCGCCCGGACUCCAAACAGACGGAGGUCAUCACCUUUAAGAACGGAGAAAUUCAUUCACCCAAACAGGUCCUGGGUUACCGUUACCAUGGCGACACAGAGAUGGACAAAGACCUGCUGACGUCUGGAGACCUGAGUCUGGUCCUGCAGCGUCCCCGUCCUAAAGACAACGGCCUCUAUAGAUGCACCGUCUACAGCGGGGAGGAGGUCCAACACAUGAAGAUGGUGACGCUCAGUGUUGGAGAACCUUUGGAUGGCAGCUUCACAGACCGACUGCUGUGCUGCAAGAAGAGGAAAACAUCCAGAGACCCAACUCCAGAGAACGUCCAGCUGGUCUUCAACUCAUCCAUGAAUCAGGACUGACUUCUGGAUCAAGGCUCGGUUCUUCUUCUGGAUUAUUGUUCUGGGUCAGCUCUGGAUGUUUCCAGAACAUGUUUGGUACCAGGAACCCUGACCAGAUCCAGUACCAGUUGAUCCAGAACCUUCCAGGAUCAUCGCCAUGUUUCUGUCAGCCUGUGAGGAACCAGAACUUUCACUGUGGAAGGAAAAACUCUGGUUCUGACCUCAGAGGGUUUCCUUCCUCUGGACCAGCAACGGCUGUUUCCUCAGCCACUCUACAUGCUCUACAUCUACAUCCAAGAUGAUCAAUCAAUCAAUCAAAUGUUAUAUGUAUAGCACAUUUCAGCAGCAAGGCAUUUCAAAGUGCUUUACAUCAUUA